CAGAAUCAAGAAACUAAUAUUAUUACUUAUAUUCUUAUAUUCUCUUUGUCUCUACGUCUCUUUUAUCUCUUUGCUCCCCAUAAUUAUUUCUUAUCACAUUAUUAGCACGAGGCUCAAUCACUCCGAGCAAAUACAAGUAAUUAAAAGAAUUAAAUUGCAGUUUGACUUAUGCGGGAAAAAGAUCACAGACCACCAGAUGAUAGAGAAAACUCUUUCUACUUUUCACUCCUCGAGUAUGGUCCUGCAGCAGCAGUACCGAGAAAUGGGUUUCAAAAAGUAUUCUGAAUUAAUUGGUCAUCUUCUUGUUGCUGAACAAUAUAAAGAUCUUUUAAUAAAAAAUAAUGAAACUCGGUCUCCUGGUACUGCUCCAUUCCUAGAUGUAAAUGCUGCAAAUUUUCACCCAACUUGGCAUGAAAGAAAUCCCAACCCCAGUCGUGGUCGAGGUCGAGGUCGUGGUCGUGGUUGUGGUUGUGGCAUGUAUUUCAAUCAGGAUAAUCGUCUUGCAAUAACUAAUAACCCUCGGCACCAACAGUGCAAAAAGAAGGGUAAAGCUCCUGAAGCAACGCCAAGGACGAACCCCGAAAGAAGAUGUUAUCAAUGUGGAGGAAAAGGGCACUGGGAGUGUGCCUAUCGUACGUCUAAGCAUCUGGUAAAACUAUAUCAGGCGUCCCUGAAAAUGCCAGAAAAUGAUGCUGAAACAAACUUCCUCCUAGAAGAUAACAUUGAGCCCAUGGACUUGGAUGUGUCGGAUUUUCUUGCAAAUCCUGAAGAACAAAUAAAUCACCCUGUAGGUGAAAAUAAUCAUAUAAUUCGAUUAUGUUAAUUUUCCCGUUUAAAGUAAAAUUAGUUUACAUUUUUUUUUAAUGUUUUACUAAUCUUGUGUAUAAAUAAUGCUUAUAUAUUAUAUUAUGUGCUAGUGCCAUAGUAUAAUAUAGUAUUAUGAUCAUUAAAUAAUUUUGAUUUUGUAGUACGCA